UCAUUACCUUGAUUUUCCAAAACACACAGUAUAUCCAGUGCGCGGGGACAGAGGGAACGUUAUAAGUUCUGCUAUACCAGGAGGUAAAACCAGCGAUCAGAGAAGAAGCCAUGAUCUUCUCACCACAAACCAUACUGGGCCUCCUCCUUGGCACAAUCUUGCUCUGCAGCCAGGCAGAAGACACCUGUCCAGUAGUAAAAUGGAUCGGUGUUGAUGAAUCGGGCAAACUGGCUAUUCUAAGGGGAUGCCCAGGGAUCCCAGGACACCCGGGACUGCAGGGACCUCCAGGACCCCAGGGACAUAAAGGUGAUCGGGGAUUUCCUGGCCAAAUAGGAAAACUGGGACCAACUGGAGAGAAAGGAGGCACAGGAGAAAAAGGUGACCCAUACACUCCGAUUGAUCCAGCUGCAAAGAACUGUAAGGAGCUGAGGGACCAAGGCGUGGUUCUUGAUGGCUGGUACACAAUAUACCCAGACGGCAUGCAGCCUCUGAUGGUGCUAUGUGACAUGACUACAGAUGGAGGAGGAUGGAUAGUGUUUCAGAGACGUGUGGACGGUUCGGUAGACUUUUACCAAGACUGGGAGACCUACAAAAGAGGGUUUGGAAAUCAUCUCAGUGAAUUCUGGUUGGGUAAUGAGAAUAUUCACCGGCUUACAUCCAGAGGUAAAUUUAAUCUCCGCGUGGAUUUAGAAGAUUUUGACAACAAGCGAACCUACGCCAUAUACAGGGAUUUUAGACUUAGCGGAGAAAAGUGGGCCUACACUUUGUACAUCGGUAAAUUCAUUGAAGGCACCGCAGGAGAUUCACUAGGAUCACACAAGAAUGAAGCCUUCUCCACCAAAAAUAGGCAGAACGACAAGGCUAAAAAAGAGUGGACAUCCUGUGCCGAAUAUUUCAAAGGAGCCUGGUGGUUUUAUUCCUGCCUUCGCUCCCACCUGAAUGGUGAAUACAUGAGGGUCAAACCAAUAAAACAAGGGUAUGGGAUCAUCUGGAGCAUUUUCAGAGGCAACCUGUACUCCCUAAGGUCCUCAGAAAUGAAGUUUCAUCCUGUUUGA